AUGGCUGCGUCGUCCGACAAAUCUGCCUCAAUGGCAUCCUCGUCUACCCCCCCACCUGCUACGGCGGCAGCAUCUGCUAUCCUCGAAAAGACUCAUCCAGGAGUGCGCCGUUCGACUCCGGAUUCGGAUGCAUUGGCUUCCUCUGACGAUGACGGAGAGCAUGGGGCACAAGCCCAGAACAUCAUACCACCCACAACUAGACCGCCAGUCCGUCGCACCUCCUGGUUAAACGAGGUGCCACUUUCUGCUCAACGUAAACACUCGCUCCCUGGAACCCACCUUUCAUCGGCUCCAUCCAAUCCUACAAGCCCCGCGAGCGAGCAGGCUCCAUGGACAACCACUACCAGCCCAGGCCUUACCGGAGCUUUCAAUUGGAAUCAAGUCGGAGGAAGCCCGUUUUCCUGGGGCACAGGCGCCGGCAUCUGGAACACUGAGUCUCGCAAGGAACCACCAUCUCGCUUGUCGGAAAUGGUGCCCUCCCCAACUAUGACAAAUCCAGCUCCUUCAGGCAACCUGCAAGAGGAAAUGUUGAGCCCCAUUACGCGCACCAUCUCUGGUGAAUCGGCCAUUCCGUUCUCCAUUCCGUUACAUCCAACUCCCAAGACUUAUCGCUCCCAGUCGUACUCUGUUGGUCAAAUGGAUCCCGAGUUCCUCGGAUUCGUUACUGACAAGAGCGGAGCUCCUCCUGUCACUGGUGCGCAAUUCCCCGGAGGUCGUCCUCGGGGCCAGAUGUCUGCGGUUCAGCCUCGCGCCUCGCGUCCCAGUAUGCUCGGCGAAUUAGGACACGACCCUGCCAUGCUGGGCCGGGUCCGCGAGGAUGAUGAUGGCGACGAGAGCUUGAAUGAAACGGAAAGCGACAUCAGCUACUCGAGUCAGGCCCGGCAGAUUGAACAGCUGGCGCGCGAGAACGCACUUUUACGCCAAGCAGCCGCGGCAGGUCAGAUGGACAACAGGUACCGUGAGCGAGCUGGAUCCUCUGCUUCGAUUGGCGGAAGUGUGCACUCGCUGCAUCGCAUCCGAGGCGUUGUCCCAGAGGAAGAUUUGGCUGGCGAGGAUGUGGGCGAAUUGCGUGAUAUCGCAGGAUAUAACAUGCGUGGUAACCUUCCCCGCCGCUUCUCUGAGCAUUUAGGACACGCAGAGCAGCCAUUUUCACCAUUCGCUCCUCAGCUUGAGAACCGUGCUUUGGAUAAUGUGCGCAAGGCUCAUUGGCAAACUUCCCUAGGCUUCGGCGGCAUGCCUGAUAUUCCUCAGAGUCGUCGUCACUCUUUCGCCGAUAUUCCAAUGCGUCAUGGUUCAAUUGGAUCUGUUGACUCACAUGCGAAUGCUACUCCUCGCGCAACUAUGGGAGACCGCGAUGAUAGUUAUGGUAAUCUCGGUGAAUAUCCUAGUCAGCCUUAUUUCUCUCGUGAGCAGACCUUACGCGGAGAUGGCUCCUCGGGCCUCCCACCGUCCCUUAGCCAGUGGGCGAUGUCGGGUGGAUACGGUCGUCAAUCUGCCUUGUCCCAUGCUCCUCACAAUCAGCUUCUGUACAUUGUUGCCUUUAAAUGCAGCCGAGCAGAUGUCUUUUACGUCCAAGAAGACACUGGUCUGCGGGUGAAGAACGGCGAUCUCGUCAUUGUGGAGGCUGAUCGAGGUACGGACCUGGGUACAGUCAUUCAUACCAACAUCUCUCUUCAACAGGCACGAGAUUUAAAGCAGCGUUAUGCCGAAGAGCAUUUCAAGACUCUCAUGAUAUUCUCUCGACAUGGUGCUCCGGAAGGGUCUACCCUUACCAAUCCCAACUCGACCUUGAGCACUCGAAGUGCCACCGGUGGUAUGGGUCCCCAUGGCUCCCAUGGCCCACACGGUGUGCAGGAUGGCUCGACAGACAUCAAGCCCAAGCUCAUCAAGCGGCUCGCCCAGCCACACGAGGUCAUGACUUUGCACGACAAAGAAGGGAAUGAAGCGAAAGCCAAGCGUGUUUGCCAGCAGAAAGUGGUUGAGCAUCGGCUCAAUAUGGAAAUUCUCGAUGCGGAGUUCCAAAUGGACUGGAAGAAGCUCACCUUCUACUACUUUGCUGAUUCGUACAUCAACUUCAACUCGCUGGUGACUGACUUGUUCAAAAUCUACAAGACUCGCAUCUGGAUGUCAGCUAUUAAUCCUGCCUCAUUCGUCACACCUCCAACUGCUGGUCUCGGUGGUUCUGGCGCCCUGGUAAAUCCCCUGUAUGGCCAUGAACCGUCUCAUCGCCCCCAGCAAGAGCACAGAAAUUAUGGCGGAGCACGAGACGUCGCCGACACACCCAGCCCCAUGGGUAUGGCUCGUUAUGGAGAGGUCUUCCAGCCGUUCUCCCAGUCAUCUCAUCACCCUGAAUUGCCUCACUCGGAUGCUUUCAGUCCACAAAUGCCCUCUAGCUUUACCCCUGCGGAAUCGCGCGAUCAUUCCGGCACCAUAGGUUCCAACGGAUCUUCCCGUGUGCACCCCACGCAAGGAGAAUGGUUCAGCAAGUUCCAGGGCCUCUCGCUCAACUCUUAG